UCUCAUUUCAAAUACAGAGAAAAACUACAACAAAAAAUGGACAAAUAUCAAGUUUCACACUAUUUCAAGCACUAUCAGACGGACACUUCGGAGCUCUAUUGGUCCUACAUUGGGCUCGCCGUCAUCUUUGUCGUCUCCGCUUCGAUACCGCUUUGGUUACAGUAUCGGGCGGUUGGUGACGUGACAAAUGGUGACGUGGCAUGCGAGACUCCUGUUCAAUGGCAUUUGGAGCAAGAAAUUGCGAAGAUUAAGACGGAUGCGAGACGGAAGAAAGGGAAAAAGAAGCGCGGAUCGCUUUCAACGGAGGAAAAUUGAUGUUCGUGCUGUACUUGAUCUUUUAGAAUAAAUAUUUUUCGUUAAAU